AUGAGUGUGACAAGCUACACCGGCCAAAGAACGUUCAGAGACAUGCCAAAGAAGCAGAUAAAAAAAACACAGGAAAAGAUGAAGUCGCCAAAGGAGCUCUUUUCAAAAUACUCAGUGGAUGAAAUAAAAGACUGGAAGUCGUUAGAUCUCUACUACUUAAUGGGGAUAACGCAGGAAGAGACAAAGUCGUACACAGAAGCAGACUACAAGGACGCGUUCAAGAAACAGGCCAAGCUCUUCCACCCAGACAGGCUGCUGUCGUGCAAAAUAGAAGAUGGAGGAGCCUCCUUCAUCGCCCUGACAAAAGCGCACGAAACCCUUGGAAACCCGCACAAGAAGCGCCUCUACGAUUUCAUUGCCUUUGAUGAAAGCAUCCCCAUAGACAAAGAAUAUACAGCCGAAGAGUUCUUCAGUACGUUUGAUGAAGUAUUCGAGAGAAACCUUGCAUUCAGCACAAAGCCGUGCUCGCUUUCUCUUGGUGAUCUGAACAGCAAAGACGCUGAAAUAGUUUCAUUCUACAAAUUUUGGCAGAGCUUUGAGUCAGUCCGCUCUUUCGAGUUUUUGUGCAACGAUGAAGACUACCAGAGCAGAGAGAUGCGAAGACAUGCAGCAGUGCAGAACAAAAAGAUGCUCGACGAGAAGAAAUCAGACGACAACCAAAGAAUAAGAAAACUGGUUGCCCUCGCCAUAAAGCACGACCCCCGUGUGAACAAAGAGAGCAAAUCGAAGCCAAAGGAGAAUAUAACGGUAGACGCAGACGGAUGGAAGAGCACAGAAGUAGACGCCCUGACUAAAAUAGCAGCAAAGACACCAGCGCGCACAAGAAACAGAUUUGAAGUGGUAUUCUCAGCGCUUUCCCGAUUUGCUCCAUCGCGCACAAAGAAAGAUGUCCAAGCAAAACUUCUAAAGAUAGAUGCACUCCUGCAAAAGACACAGGCUAAGAAAUAA